UUCAAAACAAAAAUGGCGAAUUAUUAGACGACGACAACACAGAAAAACAUAAGAUGUCUUUUCAAUAGAUUCUUGAAUUCAAUAGAAAGUUUGUUCAAUAUUUUAGGCUAAGUAGAUUUAAUAUGAUGCUUGAUCUUGAGGUUGUUCCCGAAAGAUCACUUGGAAAUGAACAAUGGGAGUUUGUUUUGGGAAUGCCGUUCUAUCAAGCAGUUGCUAUAAUGAAACGCCAGGAUCGACAAAUCAAGGGAGUACAAGUGUGGUACAGUCACCAGUACCCUCUACAAAUGGACCUUGUACUUAAUCUGUCACAUGAUGGAAUCCGACUGAUUUUUGACCCUGUAUCACAAAGACUCAAGAUAAUAGAAGUAAAUAACAUGAGCAAAGUGAAGCUCAAAUACUGUGGAGUCCAUUUUAACUCCCCACAAAUACAGCCCACUAUAGAACAGGUUGACCAGUCAUUUGGGGCCACACAUCCAGGAGUAUAUAACUCUGAAAAACAGCUGUUUGUGCUAAACUUCAGAGGGCUUUCAUUCGAUUUUCCAAUAGAAUCCAAGUUCGAGCCAAAGUAUGCCCAUGGACUGGGGUCCCUACAGUUCCCUAAUGGAUCCUCCCCUGUUGUAUCAAGGAUGUGUCUGUACACCGGAAGCAGUAUGGCUGACACAAAGCCUCCACCACUUCCUGUUUUAUGUUUCCAUGGUAACUGCUUUGCUGAUUGCAUUGAAGUGCUGAGAGAGCGUAAUGUCACCAAAGGACUCAAAUUUAUUCUAGUCACAGAAGGAAAUGGUCCAGGAAAAGUUCUUGACCCUAAAAAGAGGGUGGUGGAGAGGAUAGUCCGUUUUGGUGACACCAGUCAGGAUGUGGUGACAGCCCUAGGAAGCCCGUGUAAAGUGUUCUACAAGGCUGAGGAUAAAAUGAAGAUCCACUCCCCGGCUUCUCAUCACCGCCUUCGCUCCCCUAGUUCAGACUAUUUCUAUAACUACUUCACACUAGGCAUUGAUAUCUUGUUUGAUGCAAGUACUCAUCAAGUUAGAAAAUUCAUUUUGCACUCCAAUUACCCAGGGCAUUAUAACUUUAACAUGUACUGUCGCUGUGAGUUUAAGAUUCCUGUGUGUGUGGAGGUCACCAAACCCAAGAAAAAGAAGAAACAGACAGAGGAAGAGGAGAUCAUCACAGCCUACUCCAAGUGGGAUGCCAUACAGGAUUUCUUGAUUAAACCAGAACAACAACCAGUCAUCUUAAACCGGGCCUCCUCCACCAACACCAGCAAUCCAUUCGGUUCUACUUUCUGUUUCAGCGUCCAGGACAUGAUAUUUGAGGUUAUGCAGAACCAGCACAUUGCCUCAGUGACACUAUAUCAACCAAAGGUCAAGGUUAAAAGUGAACCUUCUUGAUGACAACAGUGUAAUAGGAACAUUCAACAGGACAGCUAAAUACAAACUCCAGGUGACGGCGUACAGAGACUGGCAUCUUGACAUGGAACUUCCUGUCAACUGGGAGACCUUUACUUCUGGUGGCAGAGUGCAGCUGUAACUAGGGAUUUUACAUGGAAACUGAUGUUACAAAUAUACCGUAUAUACUCGCCUAUAAGUCGGUUGAAUUUAAUAAGCUUGUAAAUCAGAGGGACUGACAUCAUAUAAUACCAUUCUUUUUAUAACUCGCCUAUAAGUCGGACAAAGAGUUUUGGACCAGAGAUUAACUCCCAAAAAACCGACUUAAAGGCGAGUAUAUACGGUAUUGAUACUUUCUGUGGCUACAGAGUUGUCAGUUUGUUAUAAGCAUUUUAAAUAUCCACACCUCAACAUGCUGCACUUUGUAAUUCUGAAUGAUCUCAAUAACAACUAGAAAUUACAACAUCUUUUGAAUCACCCAUUCUUCAUUUUUCUCAAAGUGCAAGAUUGUAUUGAGCAGGGAAGAAUAUCUUGUUCGGAGGUUAAAAUACAAACCUUGUAAUAUACUGACAUAGUUCUUAUGUAUAAUAUAUUACAUACAUAUUACCUGAUAAACUGUAGCACAAUUUUGGGAAUUUUCUUUUACUUGUCUGAGUUAUUUGUAAUAUUAUUUGGUUUUAGAAAUCAGAAAAUAUCAUUUUAGUAUUGGAGUAUAUUACAGUCAAACUUCAUUAUCUUGAACUAAAUUGGUCUGAGAAAAAAACUAGAUAACCAAUGAUUCUGGAUAUCCAGGGUAAAAUACCUAUAUAAUGAGAGGUUGGGAGUUCAAUAACUUAGACAUAUCCAUGGUUUCGGAGAUAUCUAUGUUUGAGAUAAUGAAGUUCCACUGUAUAUGCUGACUAUAUUGUUUGAAUGGAUAAUGGAAAUCUGCAAUGAGUCAGCUUCAUGUAAUGUCACCUAGUCUCUAGAAGGGUGCCAUAUGAGAUUUAUUUUAGUUUGGUGCAUCUGUCAUUGUUAAGGUUUUGGCCAUUUGUUUCACCAGAAAGCACAGAUAAGUUUUAUAUAAAAAAAAAAAGGUAGGUUUUUUAUUUUUUAUUUUUCAAACCUAGUACAAAUAAAGGGUGUUGAUAUUGUUUAUUAAUUGUUUUUACCACUUUUCAAAAUUAAAAGUUAUGUUGGGCAAAUACAUGUGUACAUGUAUUUAGUGUAAAACAUACAUGGAUCUUUUAAGCUCCACAAAUUUUAAUAUAUAUUUCCUCCAUGCUUUAUUAAUUUUAACUGUGCCUUGUACCUUAAAAUUCAGCAAUAAUGUUUAAGUGUAAGAUAUUUGUAGGUUUAGAUCAUAGAGCCUAUUAUCAGAGGAUAUUUCAUUAUAAUCGAAAUACAUGUUUGUUAUGUCAAAGAAGAUAAAAAAAAUAUUGUACAUUGUACUCUUGACAAAUACUAAUUUGAAUCUUCUUUCUCCUUUAGCAUUAAAAUACUGAAAAUCUUAAACAGUUAUAACUAUAUAUUACAAAGCUUCCUUCUGUGAACAAGAAUUGUGUGUAUGAUGUGUGUCCUAUAUGUGAGUGAUUAGUGAUAACAUAUUUCUGAGAUUCAGGCAAUGUUGUUCUGUUUGAUUGAACCUUUGGUUUUGUUUGGCCUUUCUUUGCCCCGUGAGUGUAAAUUACGUGUAAAACCAGUUACAUAAAUAGAAGGCUGAUUUUACACCAAGUCUGUGAUAUUUUACCAGUUUCGACAGAGAACCAGUAAAACAUAAUCUUAUCUUUCAGUGAAUUCCACUUAAUUUUGUACAUAUUCUUCCAUAUAGCUUAUAAUUUUUCUGUAAACUAUAUUGUGUAAUCAAAUAUAUCCUGUAUAUAACAGUAAUAUUUUGUAAAUAUUGUACAGUAUCUUAAAAUUUCUGUGUUGUUUUUAAUGCUUACAUCAUUUUACUGAAAAAACUAUGUAUUACGUAUUUUAUGAUAUGUGUAGCAUUGUAUUUAAUCAUUUACUUAUGGGUUACCAACACAGAAAAAAAAAUGUUACUAUCUCAGGGUUUUAUUUGUCAUCUCUUCUCUCUUUUUACUAGACAUUGUUCAGGAAAUUGGUGUACAAGAGAAUUCUAGUGUGAAAGUCAAAGAGUUUUUUUUUUCAAAUUGUAUAAAGUGCUCAAAUAUUUAUUUUACAGACAUAUUCCUAUGUAGUAAUCCUGUGUAUUAGUUUUGAUUGUGUUCUCUAAUGACAAAUCAUGGCUCUGGUUUUAUUUUUUAUGGCUGUAUUGGAGGAGGAGUGUUUUAACCCAUUGUUUUAUUUACGCCAGUGAACGUAAGUCUCUGUGAUAUCGUGUAAACAAAGUUCACAUUCCUCAUGGUGUUAAUAACAGUAACUCAGUUCUGUACAGGGAUAAUAUAAUACACAAUGACUACUGAAAUUGUACCUGUUUUGUACAUGUAUUUGUAUGCAUUGUGAACUUUUAUUUAUCUUGUCAACUUAUAGAUGUAAACCAAAAAUAUUUAGUUGCAAGAGAAUUCAAUUCCUAUUGUUUUAGUUUACUGCCCACCAUACAGUUCAAAUCUUUCCAAAGUGAGAAUUUUAAAUGCAUUUUUAAAGCAACCAUGAAUAUUAAUUUUGUACAUUUAGGUAUGUAUGUUUUAUUAAGUGUAUAUUUUCUAUAACCUAAUUUAUUAGAUCUACAAAAUUCUCUCAGCCUGGAUAUUACUCUAUUUUAUUCUAUAUUUAAGCUUAUUUGUGAACAAGUCUUGUAUAGGGCAUUUACUUCUGUUCAUGGUGGGUAGUGUUUAACCUGUGCUGGUCAAAUAUGAUAUUGCUGCCUCAUUCUGCUUGCAUUUUUGCUGAAAAUCAGUGUUCCAAAAAUUUAUUAAUCAAGUUAAAUUUAUCUUGUUGUGAGAAAUACAAAUUAUUACUUAAUUAAUAAGUAGAACAAAUAAACUAUUUGACAUUAUUUCUGUUUUUAAAAUCAUAUUUACAAAGCAUCUUCUAAUGAAUGGUGCUACUUGCAAAGUCUUUUGUUCAGAAAAUGUAAAAAAAAAAAAAAUGCACCAGGUAUCUAAAGCACAGGCUUAGGGUACAUUCUGUAAACUAUUUGCUUAUGUGUUCAAAGAUUGGAGGCUUGUGCAGUAAUUUAUUUCAAUAAACUAUGCAAAUUGA